GCGCCUUGCCACCCCCGGCGAGCAUGCCCCGAUGCCGAUGGACUUCCAUGUGCGUCUCUGCCUCGAGGGCGUGCCGAUCCACGUCUCGAUCGAGGCCGUCGCUAAGAAGAUCAUCGGCAAGUCCUGCUGAGGCCUACUCGGUGUCUCGGUCGCGUCGCUGAACCUGUGGCUGUGGCCUGUGGUGUGGGCAUGGACUCACAAGUCACAACCGGCCAGCGGGCAGCAGCCAACAACAUGCAUUUGCAUCCCGCUGGUUGACCGCUUCAACGUCAGCUCCGCAACGCCCUCACCGAUCGAUCGAGGCAGCUGAGAGCAGCAAGCAUGGUGGCGCGCGGGGCCGGUUGGUCCUCCAUGUCCAUGCCUAGGAUACCGGAUCCGUGUCCCUCCUCCUCGUCCACUUCUGAAUGAAGAGUAGUCAUCCCACCGUCGCGACAGGAGACAUAGAGAUAGGGACGACGACGACGACGACCGCUGAGACGGUCGUGGUCGUGGAAGCAGAUCCUCCUGGCUGCCCCGCUUCCUCGGCAACCCCGAGCCCUAAGCCGGCGCCGGCGCCGGCACCGGCGGCAUCGGGUGGUGCUAAGCCGCUGCCCCUCUUUAUCUCGCUUGCCCUCGGCCUCGCCGUCCGCUUCCUCGUGCCGCGGCCGGCCCAGGUAACCUCGCAGGCUUGGCAGCUCCUCUCCAUCUUCCUCUCCACCAUCGCGGGGCUCGUCCUCGCCCCGCUCCCCGUCGGUGCGUGGGCGUUCCUCGGCCUCACCGUCACCGUCGCCACGCGCACGCUCUCCUUCGCCGCCGCGUUCGGGGCCUUCACUAACGAGGUCAUCUGGCUUAUCGUCAUCUCCUUCUUCUUCGCGCGCGGCUUCGUCAAGACCGGCCUCGGCGACCGCGUCGCCACCUACUUCGUCAAAUGGCUGGGGCGCAGCACUUUGGGCCUAUCCUAUGGCCUUGUCAUCAGCGAGGCUGUCAUCUCGCCUGCCAUGCCCAGCACCACGGCCAGGGCAGGAGGGGUUUUCCUUCCCAUCAUCAAGUCGCUCUCGCUCUCGUCGGGAAGCAAGCCCAACGACCCCUCGGCAAAGAAACUCGGCUCUUAUCUUGUGCAGUCGCAGCUACAGGCAGCUGCCAACUCCAGUGCUCUCUUCUUGACAGCGGCUGCACAGAACCUGUUGUGUCUGAAGUUAGCAGAGGAGAUUGGUGUUAAUAUCGGAAACUAUUGGUUUACUUGGUUCAAGGUUGCUAGCGUGCCAGCACUUCUUGGGAUUUUAGUGACUCCUUAUUUGAUUUACAAAAUAUUCCCCCCUGAAAUAAAGGACACUCCUGAAGCCCCAGCGUUAGCUGCCGAGAAGCUAAAGAACAUGGGUCCAGUAACAAAAAAUGAAUGGGCUAUGAUUGCAACGAUGCUUCUUGCAGUCUCAUUAUGGAUUUUUGGGCAAACUAUUGGCGUAUCCAGCGUUGUUGCUUCAAUGAUUGGACUCUCAAUACUUCUUCUGCUUGGAGUGCUGAACUGGGAGGAUUGUUUGAAUGAGAAGUCUGCAUGGGACACCCUAGCUUGGUUUGCUAUUUUAGUUGGUUUGGCUGGUCAGCUUACUAAGCUCGGUAUUGUGUCCUGGAUAUCGAGUAGUGUUGCCAAGAUUCUUCGAUCUUUCUCAUUGAGCUGGCCUGCAGCAUUUGGUGUUCUUCAGGCCUCAUUCUUCUUUAUUCACUAUAUAUUUGCAAGCCAAACUGCACAUGUUGGAGCUUUAUACUCGGCAUUUCUUGCCAUGCAUUUAGCAGCUGAUGUGCCAGCUGUAAUGUCAACACUUGCUUUGGCAUAUAAUGCAAACCUCUUUGGAUCACUGACACAUUAUAGUAGCGGGCAAUCUGCAGUAUACUUUGGAGCGGGGUACGUUGGCCUUGGAGAUGUAUUCAAGCUGGGUUUUAUAACAGCCGUCAUCAAUGCUGUAAUUUGGGGAGCUGCUGGUGCAUUAUGGUGGAAAUUGUUGGGUCUUUAUUGAGAUGAGUCUUGGAGCAGUAUAAGUAGCGUAUCAUAUACUUUGUUUUCUGAGGUGCCUAUGAAUGCAUAAUAACAGAUGAGUCUUAGAAGUUUUUGAGCAUAACCUAGAAAGCGGAUGGGUUUUGGUAGGCUGUAAAGACCGUCUUAUAUAUCCUUUGAUUUGAUUGAUGUACUAUCAUAUGUCUUACCCACAAGGGAAAUAAAAGCACGAGUGACUUUUGAAUUUUGAUUUGAUGACCCACAUCUUGUCUUAUAUUAAAUCCA